GGGGUGGGUUUUCCGCUCGAGCGCGGUGCAGCGUGCCAGGGCUUUAGGUCCUACAGCUCAAAGCACGUGGCGCGCGCUUUCGGCUAGAGGACUUCUGAGCGAUUUGCUAGGCGGGCGUCCGCGGAGAAGCCGUUAGGUAGGCCGCAGGUGGAACCGUCUCUGUGAGAUUCCAGUCACUGCUCGGGGCAGGUGGCCUCCGGUGGCGCAGAAGCUCUGCGCGCUCCAUCAUGGACUACCGGCGGCGGCUGAUGAGUCGGAUAGUCCCCGGGCAGUUCGACGACGCGGAUUCCUCCGACAGUGAAAACGUUGACUUGAAGACAAUCAAAGAGGAAGAUGGAAUUCUCUUUGAAGACCUUCGAAAGAAUAUAAAUGAGAAGAUGAGUGAAGGUGAGGUAGAAAAUGAGGAGGAGGAGGAGGAGGAGGAAGAUUAUGAUGACGAUGAUUGGGACUGGGAUGAUGGAGUUGGAAAACUCACCAAGGGUUAUAACUCAAAUGGAGGGAGUAAUCCACAGGCAAAUCGACAGCCUUCCAACUGUAAUUCAGCCAAAAUGUCUACUCCAGCAGACAAGGUCUUACGGAAAUUUGAGAAUAAAAUUAAUCUAGAUAAGCUAAACGUUACUGAUUCUGUCAUAAAUAAAGUCACCGAAAAGUCUAGACAGAAAGAAGCAGAUAUGUAUCGCAUCAAAGAUAAGGCAGACAGAGCAACUGUAGAACAGGUGUUGGAUCCCAGAACGCGAAUGAUACUAUUCAAGAUGUUGACUAGAGGGAUCAUAUCAGAGAUCAAUGGCUGCAUUAGCACAGGAAAAGAAGCUAAUGUAUACCAUGCUAGCACAGCCAGUGGAGAGAGCAGAGCAAUCAAAAUUUAUAAAACUUCUAUUUUGGUGUUCAAAGAUCGGGAUAAGUAUGUAAGUGGGGAAUUCAGAUUUCGUCAUGGCUAUUGUAAAGGAAACCCCAGAAAAAUGGUGAAAACUUGGGCAGAAAAAGAAAUGAGGAACUUGAUCAGGCUAAACACAGCAGGGAUCCCAUGCCCAGAACCUAUCCUGCUAAGAAGUCACGUUCUUGUCAUGAGUUUCAUUGGUAAAGAUGAUAUGCCAGCACCACUUUUGAAAAAUAUCCAGUUAUCAGAAUCCAAGGCUCGGGAGUUGUACCUGCAGGUCAUUCAAUACAUGAGAAGAAUGUAUCAGGAUGCCAGACUUGUCCAUGCAGAUCUCAGUGAAUUUAACAUGCUGUACAGUGGUGGAGGUGUGUACAUCAUUGAUGUUUCUCAGUCUGUGGAGCAUGACCACCCACAUGCUUUGGAAUUCUUGAGGAAAGACUGUGCCAAUGUCAAUGAUUUCUUUUUGAAGCGCAGUGUUGCUGUGAUGACUGUGCGGGAGCUCUUUGAAUUUGUCACAGAUCCAUCAAUUACACAAGAGAACAUGGAUGCUUAUCUCUCAAAGGCCAUGGAAAUAGCAUCUCAAAGGACUAAGGAAGAAAGGUCCAGCCAAGAUCAUGUGGAUGAAGAGGUGUUUAAGCGAGCAUAUAUCCCUAGAACCUUGACUGAAGUAAAAAAUUAUGAGAGGGACAUGGAUAUAAUGAUGAAAUUGAAGGAAGAAGACAUGGCCAUGAAUGCCCAACAAGACAAUAUUCUAUACCAAACCGUCACAGGAUUGAAGAAAGAUUUGUCAGGUGUUCAGAAGGUCCCUGCACUCCUAGAAAAUCAAGUUAAGGAAAAGACUUGUUCUGAUUCAGAAGACGCUGGAAGCUUUGAGUGUUCUGAUACAGAUUCUGAAGAGCAGGGAGACCAUGCCUGCAUCAGGAAACCCACCACUGACCUUGACGUUGAUAAAAAGUUUUUGUUUUACAGGAAAGAAAAAAGAUGGUCAAAGAAGCCCAGCGGGAGAAAAGAAAAAACAAAAUUCCUAAACAUGUGAAAAAAAGAAAGGAGAAGACAGCCAAGACAAAAAAGGGCAAAUAGAAUCAGAACUAUAUUAUAUACAGUAAUUUUUCAUCAGUUACUUUUCUUGCCUGCACUCUAAACUGCAUCUGGAAGAUGAUAUAUUGAUUUUAACCAAAUGAUUAUUAUGGCAAUGUCUAUGGAGACUGAUUCAAGUGUUUUCAUGUAAUUAUGUAAAAAACUCUAAGCUCUGUUGUUCACAUUCUGUCACUGGCUCUCUCUGGUAUUGAGAGAGGGUUUAUUUAAGCUAUUUUAAUGAAGAACUUUGUACAGUUUUUUAAUAUAUUUUUUCUCCUCCAAUAUGUUUUUGAAGCAUCUUAAAUGUUUAAAUGUAAUUAACAUCCACAACCUUUAUGUAAGUAUAAAGGCACUUUGAACAAAGUUGGGCAAAUUCUUUUUUGCUUUGUUUGUACAUGCCAAAGACCCAUCUGAAAUCAUUUGAUUAUAAGGCCAUGGUUUCUGUAAAAGGGAGUUUCACUUGUAAGAGAAUUCAGUUGGCUGUUAAUGUAAUCAUUCAUUGCAAUUUGUUCUGUGUGUAUAGAUGAUAAUUUAUCAGGCACUCACUCUUCAUCUUUAAUAUUCUUAUUUGAGCUAGGACCUCCCAGUUUAUAAGCUUUUUCAUGUUCAACUAUUUGGCAUUUUCAUUCAUUCAUCAAAUAUUUGCGUAUUUUGGGUGCUGGGGAUACAGCGGUAAAUAAAACAAAAAUUACUACUUUUAGAUAGUUUACCCUUUAAUAGGAAGACAUUAAACAAAAUAGGUAAAAAACAGUGUACCAGCAGGUGAUAAAUUCUGCAGAGAAAUAUUGCAGAGACGAGAGAAUGCCUAGGUAGGUAUGAGUUUGCAGUUUCAAAAUAGACCACACCGAGAAGCUAUAUUUGAGCAACUACUUGAAAAGUACGAGUUGUGCAUAUCAGGAGAGAACAGGAUUCUAGGCAAAGCAAACAGGAAGUGCAAAGGCCCUGAGGCAGAAAUAUGCCUGAAAUGUUCCAGAAACAAAAGGCUAGAGUGUCAUAACCAUGGGAGAAAACAGAUGAAAUCAGUUGAUGUUAGGCUGUUGGAGGGUUUUGAGCAGAGGAAUGAUAAUAAUCUGCUUUCUGUUUUGAAAGGAUCACUAUUACUCUGGCCUCUGGAGAAUUGACUUGGAAGCAAGGGUGGGAGACCAGUUGGAUAUUUAUUGUAGUAACCCAUGGGAGUGAUUGCAUUCUAAAUAGAAUAAAAAGAUGGAGUGCAGUGGAUGUGCUAGGGAAUGUAUGAAGACCAUGGAGAGCAAAGGAUGAUAUAAGGGUGUAUGACCUAAGCAACUGAGAGACUUGGUACUGCCACUUACUGUAUUUGAAAGGAUUGUGGGUAGAGCAGGUUUGUGGGGGGAGGGAAUAAAGGUGAGAUCGUAACGAAACACAAAUGUUGAAAGAAAUGAUCAUGUAUUUUUACCAUAUACUUUAUAUUGGAAAUGCCUAUUUUAGCCCUUGCAUCAGAAACAAUUUCUAUAAAUAAACUUAGUUUCCCUUGAA